GUCAGAUGUGAAUACAAAAGGUGAGGUGAUAUUGAAACAGUUUUAGGCGUAUAAAGUUCAUUUGUAUUUUGACAUACAUUGCAUUAAAUGCAUCCAGAUCCGAUUAAAGUGUUUAACAAAAAAUAAAGGACACAAGUUAUAGGCAGAACUCAGAAGUAGACGAACAUGAAAAGGAUGGCGAAGCUCGCCAGUCCACUGGUUGUAGGCUUUGCAUUGCUUCUUAUAGGAAGUACACACGCACAAGUUAAACCCGCUGCUGACCGGCAAUGUGAGCUCUACGACCUUGAAACUGGAGCGACAUUAACAACAAACACGUUCAGUUUGACCAUUCAAGAAACGGACUACCUUUCCAGUACGGGGCAGACUAUUAUUCUGCCUCUGCACGGUAACGGUUUGAUAUUCACAACUCCGAGUUCCGCAGAUCAAGCGACUGUAGACCAAUAUGGUAUACAGUUCUUCAGGGAUUCCACUGACUAUAAUGUCAUUACGAUUGAUAAUGCGAUCAACAGGGAUGGAAUUGAUGCAGAACCAAACGACGACUUGGAUAUUAUUGCUUUAAAUUUCAACUGUGAAUACAAUGAUGGCACCAAUACCUUUUCGCAACAAUUCACAGUGAAUCUAUUAGUUGAUGACGCCAACGAUAAUUCUCCUGAAUUCCAAGGUGCGCCAUACAGCGUAAACAUUAAAGAGGCACUGCCGAUCUCCAACACAGUUUUUGACAACAUUGUGGCUUCUGAUAAAGAUGCCCACCAAAACAAGGAAAUCCGUUUUUCGAUUAGUUCUGGGCAAGACUAUCCUCCAGGCAAUGAUAUUUUCCGAAUACAAGACAGUGGAUUGGGUGCCGUUGAUCUUUUCCGGGCUCUAGACUAUGAGUCAUUGUAUGAAGCCGGAAAGACGCAGUUUCUUUUGGAAAUCCUUGCAAGAGACAACAAUGCUGAUGCAAAUCUUCAAAAGACAUCAACGCAAACUUUGACAGUUAAUGUUGAAGACAGCGAUGAUCUUAGCCCAACCUUCUACUAUCCUAACUGUAGGCAAGUCCAGGGGCUCGCCAAUUCCUGCGUCGUUGCUACAUAUUCAGCUUCCAUUACAUCAGGAAAUACAGGAGCAUUAUCAGUUGUUCCCUUGAUCGAUGGAACAGAGACAACGCCUUACCCCAUUCAGGCUUUCGACUUGGAUCGGCUGAACGCCCAAAUCAACUUUGUGAUUGAGAAAACUAUCCCAGCCGGUUACGAGAAUCGAUUUACAGCUACAAGGUCGGGACCUUCAGCGGUAUCUGGACUUACAGGUCGAGAUGUUUAUUCCGCAACAGUUACGCAAAUUUCGCCAAUAAAUCGACAGGACCUAAAAAGCCUCGAAAUCAUCUUGAGGGCUGAACAAGUUGAUGACCCGACCAAAUAUCGAACAGCUUUGAUUCAGACCAAAUUUGAGGCUAACAACGUGAACACUACCAGUAGUACUACCAACGUGAACACCACCGUUAGUAAUUCAAACUCCCACAGCUUCAAUGCAUACAUCUUUGGGCCAGUCCUUUUCUUUUUGAUUUACAAUUUCUUUUGAAAGAAAUGUCCACUGGGUGAAAAAAAGAGAGGACAUGUUUCAGACAGCGGAGGUUCUUCACAUCAAUAGUAAUCAGUUUUAAUCUUCAUUGAUUAUAGUCAAUAAGUAGAUAGUAUUUAAAAGUUAGAGGUAUCAUUUACAACAAACAUGUAUUAAAUCACACAUAUAUUUGGACGUUAUUAAUUUAAACACCCUUAAUUAUAUUCGGAAAUAAUUUGUGUACAUAUAUUCCUGUACACCAAAUGGCCAUUCAUUUUUAAGUGAAUUCCAGUAGUUUGUACAUUAUAAGGUAUACAAAGUGAUACCAUCACUUUUUGAUCAGUAGCCAACACGUAUCGGGUAAAAACAGUUUAGUGUAUGAAUAUAUUCUGUGCAUGAAGAUUUAAGAAGUUAAAUGCGUUUCGAUAAUAGUAUGAUGAUUUAAGGGACAUAUCAAUCGCUAAUUAAAAAAAGUUUCAACUAAUAUGGGCACCACAUUUUACUUGUUUUAUAAAUAGCAGGGAUCUGUUAACAAAAGCUACACUAAUAUUGUGUUCAAAUAAGUCUUAUCGAAUUAAACAUAUCCUGCCCGCAGGCAAUACAUGUUUGAAUAUACAUUUAUAAAAUCAUGUGAUAUUGGAGUACUAUUAUUUCUAAUUGCUUUACAAAGUGUGGUUUCAUUCUGACAUGUUCGUUACCUUUUCGUAACGAACAUGUCUUAUCGACGCUCACACACCAACAUCAACAUCAACAUAGCAUCAAAAACAUCAAUGACAUAUGGAUCGCGAAUAAAUUUUAAACCCAAUUUCAAAAAAAAAUAUGUAGAAAAAUUGGGAUAAUGUUGGUCAUUUACGUCUUUUUUUAUUAACGUUGAAAAUUCUUCCAAAACAAUACUAGGUAACGUACAUGUCAGUAACGGAAUCUUACAACUAAAGAUGAUGUGACACUUGUUUUAACCAUAACUUCAGAUUUUAAUUAGCAGUGUCAAAAAAGGGAAAUAAAUGUUGCGAGUGCUUGCGUUGUUAUCGGCAUCGCACAGGCCUUUAUACAUGAAUACGUCGGUCAUGUUUUUUUUUUAAAUUAUCAUUUGAAAUGAGCUUAUGAAUUACAUCAACAUCACCAAUACCAUAGUUGUCAACAGAGUUGGUCAACAUUUCCAUUAACGACCCAAUCAGCAGGAGCAACAAUAACAACAAAAAAUAGCAAAGUCAUUAAUAUGACCAAAAUGCUAAAACUACUCACAUAAAUGCCUAGGCUCAAUUCCCAUAACGGAAGCUGUAGGGUUUGUGCGCAGGAUUCCACGUGUUAUAUUUACAGCUGUUACAUCAUCAGGCCGAGUCAUAACAGGUGUAUGACCUCACAGGAAAUGGGAUAUAAUGGGUGGCGAAUGAUGGUGCAUGAACCUUAUGAAAAAUAAUUGCAAUGCAACUGUAUGUUAAGUAGAAAUAAAGCACGUUGAUGUAAAUCAAUGAGAAUACAGUGUCCAAAGUGCGAAUACCACGUACGCAACUUACAUUUUCUAAUUCUAAUUUGAUGUUAUCAUAAAAAAGAAUAUUUAAAAUAAAAUUUGUUUUCAUUUAUAAUAUUGGAUGGUGAAACUACUAUUAAAAUAUGAAAUGCCAUAAGCCUUCAAAUGGAGAAAAUCUACACAUGCGGACAUGUUAUAUGGGGAACUACACCAAUUCUCAAUUCUGGCUAGAAUGCUAGAAUAAUUGAAAUAAAUUUAUUUUAGGUGAUACCAAUAUUAACCCUUCCUUUGUAUAUAAUGCAAUGCUCCACUCCCUGAUAAAAUAUAAAUGGUUAAAUACAAUAAAAUAUAUACUUAACAACUCAGGAUACUCAUAACUGUAUGAAAGUCGGCACGCAAUACGUUACAAGAACAGAAGCAAUAUAAUUAAACGAGCUUUACUGGAUCAUUUUAUUUAAACAUGGUCAGAGUCCAUGUCAAUUUCAAAUAAAGGGAAACAUUGUGUCAUCAAGGAUCAUAUGCAGCUUGAGCUUAACUUAAAAUGAUCCCCUCAAGACAAGCCAUAUCCUGUAGACUAAGAACCAUGAACAUUACAUGGACAAAGGACGCUUGAAUAGUUCCCCUUAUGAAGAAAGAUAGAGUACUUUAUGUGACAAAAGAUAUUUGGGAGAUCGUUUCCACUACCUCUUGUCUGUAGCUACUUGAAUGAACAACGAUUUAAGUACAUUAAUAUUAAUGUUUUCGUAUGCAUCCAAAUAUAUUGAACUAUCGAGGAGUACUGCAAUCAAAUAAUCCUACAGUUUUAAGUAAACUGGGUGCAUUUGCUGAGUAUUUUAUUAAAAUGUAAAAAUAUAGCACUUACCUAUCACUAUAUCUUUAAUUUCGUGUAGAUGUUCCUUACACAAAAAACAAUAACAACAAAAGCACAAUAUCACGAUCAUAUUACAACACAGAGAUUUGCUUCUUCAUGUGUCCAUGAAAAACUACUUGAUUCAUCAAACCCAACCAAACGUCGUGGAUGUGUUUACUUCCACAAUUAUCUUUCUGUUUAUAUCUUCUGUUUAUUUCAUGUUUUUGUUUUCAUUUUAAUCAUUCGGAUCUUUGCAUAAAGAUUAAAUUCAUCAUAAUCCUAAACUGACAACUCACAGUGUUCCAUUAAUACAUAUCAUUUAUAAACAAUUAAAAGUAACCCGUGGCCCUCGUGCUUAUUUUGUUAAGAUUCACUUUUUACCAACCACUCAGUGAGGCCGAGCAAUUACAUAUAUUUCUUUUGCUGUAUGUAGAUUUUACAUUUGUUGAUAAAAUGUAUUAAGUUAGUUUAUUUAUGUCGCAUCUGUGUAUGCUUGUUUUGACAUCAUCACGUGAUUAUUAAUGUUGUGGCAUCUAAUUCUAUUGCAAUAUUUUGUAUCGCGUAUGCAAUAAAGGCAAUUACUGUUGUUGUUGUUGAUAAAGAACUCUGAAGGACGCUGAAUAUUUGGCCAAGGAUUGCAUAAUUAAAACACAAGCACAUCUAAAUAAUUAACUCGUGUAGAAGCAGAAAAUAGCAUAGUCAUUAAUAGGCUAAUAAAUAGUUUCAUAUAUUA